AUGCAUAUGGAGCUGCUUGUUGAGAUGCACAGCAAUCUUAGUGCGGCUCACUUUAAUGAGCGAUGUGCUAAACAGUGUAUGAAGGUUGGAAAUAUCGAAGGUGCAAUCUAUUACUAUAAAAAGUCUAUUGCCUUCAUGGAACUAACCCGAGAAGAGGUUGAAGAAGGAGACCAUGAUUAUGUAAUUAUUGAUUUGCAGUUAUCAUCACUGAAGCUAAGCUUAAGUGAGGUGGUAUCGAAGAAGACAGAAAUAAUAUCUGGUGAUCAGAACGUUUCUUUGAAGACAAUCCCUGCUGAUCAUUCACCUUAUGACAAAAAAAUAGCUGACCCUCCGUCAUACUUACCUUUAUCUUCAAAUCAAACGUCCAAUAAGAAGGAACAAGGAGCUGCUGUUAAACUUCCUAAGACUGAAUUUCAAACACGUGAAGAAUUAGUCACCUGUAUCGAAGAACUUCGAAAACUUGUGGACAUGUUGGCAUCCCAGCUCAGUCGAGUUCGUCAAAUGCUUUCAGAAGAACGUGAACGUCGUCUUGCGAUAGAGGCAGAACUGAUAUCUUCAGGUGGUUUUAAUUAUCAGUCCAAUGAAUCUUUGACCUACCAAAACUACGAUGAUGACGAUGGUUUUGAUGAAAACAGACCAUGUGUUUUGACAGGCCUCACAAAACUUACAUGUUUGAACUUUAAUACAGAUAUCCCAUCGUCAACUGAGGCAGAUUCAUCUAACGAAGAUUCAACUUUACAUGAACCACGUCAAGAGUCAAAUUCUAAUAUGUCAGACUCAUUAGAGUCGAAAUAA